AUGAAAAGGCAACAGUAGUUUAUUCCGCAUUCUUAGUAUCUUCUGCGUCAGAUCAGACUCAAAAUCACCUUCUUUUUCUUAGUUCACUCAAACCCGGCUCUAUUCGCUUUCGUAAGCCCAUCAAGAUCAUGUCUCAGCUAUCGGCUGCUGCUUCUUGCCCGCCAAUUUUGCCUCUGAAGCAUGGCGAUAUCGAAGGAACUGCCACCCUUCCUCUUUCCGAUUAUCAUGCUAUUGAUCAGCAGUUACUUCACAAGAUUGCUUAUGACGCUCUAGUAUGGAGCUCGCUUCAUGGCCUUGUUACUGGUGAUAAAUCUGUUGAGAGAUCAGGAAGUGUUCCUGGCGUGGGCUUGGUUCAUGCGCCGUUUACGUUGUUCCCCGCAUCAUUCCCCCGAAGUCACUGGAAGCAGGCGUGUGAGUUAGCCCCAGUAUUUAAUGAGCUAGUUGACAGAGUGAGUCAAGAUGGAGAAUUUCUACAGGACUCUCUCUCCAGAACUAAGAAAGUGGAUGAAUUUACCUCCAGACUUUUAGAUAUUCAUUCCAAGAUGCUAGAGCUUAACAAAAAAGAGGGAAUAUGCUUGGGGUUACACCGUUCAGAUUAUAUGCUUGAUGAACAGUCCAAAGCACUUCUGCAAAUUGAACUGAACACCAUUUCAUCUUCAUUUGCUGGUCUUGGUGGACUUGUGACUGAGCUUCAUAAGAAGUUGAUUAUUGGAAGGCAUCAUCAUAUUGGUUGGUUUUUACUCAGAAACAUGCUUUCCCACUAUGGAGAAUUGCUUGGUCUAAAUUCCGACAGAAUUCCUUCCAAUACUGCUUGCAAUCAGUUUGUAGACGCAUUGGCUAAAGCAUGGUGUGAAUAUAAUGACCCUAGAGCUGUAAUAAUGUUUGUGGUUCAGGCUGAUGAACGGAACAUGUAUGACCAACAUAUGCUUUCUUUAGCCCUGAGAGAAAGACAUCAUAUUACAUCUGUGCGGAAAACAUUGGCUCAAAUUGAUCAAGAGGCGGAACUUCUUCCUGAUGGAAAACUUUUUGUGGAUGGACAAGCUAUUGCAGUCAUUUACUUCAGGGCUGGGUACACACCACUCGACUAUCCUUCAGAAUCAGAAUGGAGGGCUAGACUACUAAUGGAAAAAUCUUCUGCCAUCAAAUGCCCAUCGAUAUCUUAUCAUUUGGCUGGCACAAAGAAGAUCCAACAGGAACUUGCAAAACCCGGCGUUCUUGAGAGGUACCUUGAAAACAAAGAUGACAUUGUCAAACUGCGCAAAUGCUUUGCAGGAUUGUGGAGUUUGGAUGAAUCGGAUAUUACUAAAAGAGCAAUAGAAAGGCCAGAAUUAUUUGUAAUGAAGCCCCAGCGAGAAGGAGGAGGAAACAAUAUCUAUGGCGGUGCAGUGAGGGACACCCUCAUAAAAUUGCAGAAAGCAGGAUCUCAAGAAGACGCAGCUUACAUCCUUAUGCAGAGGAUAUUUCCAACUAGUUUUGCAACAUUUAUUAUGCGUAGUGGCUGUUGUCAUAAGAAUCAUGCCAUAUCAGAACUUGGAAUAUUUGGCACUUAUUUGAGGAACAGAGAUAAAGUCAUCCUGAAUGAACAAAGUGGUUAUUUGAUGCGUACGAAAAUAUCGUCAUCUGAUGAAGGUGGAGUUGCAGCUGGUUUCGCUGCUUUGGACAGUGUAUAUCUGACAUGAUGUGGUGAUCCUGUUAGUUGUCAAGGUAAUCCAAAACAGUCUGUGGUUGUUGGAUUACUUGUAAGAUGUAUGGUGCGUCUGGGAUUUUUUUUUGUCGACCACCAAAAACAGGAAGGGGAUGGUCGGUCAAGCUUGUCUAAUUUGAUUGUGUUCCUUGUCCUUGGUCGGCUGCUAACCUUCGGUUCUCAUGGGCAGGCCGACGACCUGUCUGGUAGAGCCAACAAGUCUGAUGGGUUGUUCAAAUAUUGAAAUAUUUGUCAAAAGGCAGUUUGAUGAGGACUUGUGCUCUCAGACAAUUUCUUCCUCAUACAUAACAGCAAUUUCUUUCGAACGAGUGGAGUCAGUAACCAGAACAAACUCUUUUAGCACUCUUUGUAUUUGAUGCUUUCAGGGUGAACAAGACUUGAGACAAUUGUGCGUACCGUACCGUACGUACAAUGUCUCACCUCUUAUCGAUGUACUUUUAUUUUUAAGGAUUUACCUUGACGCAUUUUUGUCAAAA